GGUGCAUUAGCAUUGAAAAUAACGGGAAUUUCUACUCACUUCGACCAAAUAUCUAAUGGUUUCCAAAUCAGAAAUACUUCGAUAUCGAAAUAUAGCCAAUAGCUCCCGGAUCUUACCUUGAAUUUGUACCUGUAAACCCUGACCUCGUGUCAAAUCAGCUUCGACACCAAUGGUCCGGCAAUUAGCAAUGGGUUUUGACCGCCAGAGGGGCUUCGGCGGCUUCUUAAGUGGAAGAGAUGACUGAGAUUGUAGGUAUAUAGGACCUACAAGCAUCACCCUCAACCCAUCUACUCUACUCUGUUUUCCUUGCGAACACUCCCAAUGGUCUUUGUUUUGAAGACAUUUACACUGCUGGUUUACCCGUUGCAGGGCAUUGAUAUAAGUAGUUGCCUGUUGAUUGUAUCAACUAUGUCCACCGCACUCAACAAUCAACCUGGGCCGUCGACCAACGACCUUAUGACGUUGGAACCUGCAGCCGUGACGUCCCUUGUUACAACUAAGUUAGCUAUGUGGCCUAGCGAGGAUGAAGGCGCUGUUAGUCGCCGCCGUAUGCACAUGCCUGAAAUGUUUAUUGAACGUCGUCGCCUUCACUUUGAAAACACGGCCUUCGUAGUUCCCCUCAACUUGCCUCCACGCGGGUCCCCAGCCCCUGAAGCUAUCUUACAGUAUGGAAAUAGGCUCCAAUCAGUUGCCACGGAAGAAAUCCAACCGGGGAUGGUCGCCCACGCUGUGGCUUAUAUUGAGACCUGGAAUGGGAGUGAGCGCGGCUACUCUGGUACGGGGGCUGUCAUCUACGGUAACAUUGUUGUUACUGCCGGCCAUGUUUUGCUUUCCGAGUCCGGCCAGUCACAUGUUACCGCCGUACGUGUUACCGUCGGGGAAAGUGUUACGAGCGAAUCUCGUCACGGCAUCUGCAUUGCCUUCAAUGGUAACUGGUACGCUACAAAUUCGGGUGUCAACGAUAUGGCUUUUAUAAAGCUAGACUGUCCAUUUCAUACUGUCCAACCUCUCGCCUACUGUCAAAGUCCCUUGAUAAGUGAAGGCACAAUUGAUACUCUCGCCUUCGGGUUCCCUGGAAAGACGGACAGAUCUGUAUCAAGUGGACCAUUAUACAAGAGCAAAGCCCCCUUAACGUAUAAUCAAAACUUAAAGAUGUUCGAGCAUAAAGGCGAUACAGAGAAAGGAAGCUCCGGCGGCCCACUCAUUGAUGCCUCAGGGCAGGUCAUCGCUUUACACUGGGGCUAUUGCGGGAUCAACCUAGCUGUCACGAUUGAUCGCAACGGUAACGACUUCGUCCCCUUCCUCCGAAUCCUCGGUGUGCCUAUCCUAGAUGCUACACUACCCGAACAACAGCGAAACAUCAGCAUUGAGCUUAUCGGGGCUCAGGGUGCCGACGGCGUUGUAUAUGCUUGGUAUAAACAUUAAAAAUUGGGAGGUAAUUGAGGGCAUAGCGUUAGAUGGCGUUACGCUGGGUCGGGUUUUGGCAUUUCAACUAUUCUAUAUAGACGGGAAACAUGGAUAAAGGUGGAAUCGCUAGGGCUUAGGGGAUUUAUACACCUAAAUACGCUAGGGGCUUAGCUUCUUUAGACUUGGAACAUCGCCAAAAUAGUGUCUACUUACAGCGCAUAAAUAUUGUGCAUCUUACAAGUACAUUGUGCCCAAGUCCACUGUGAAUAUAGGGCCUACGUCCGCUAAUAAGCCCUAGAAGCUGAGGCUUAAAACGCCAACUUCAUAGU